AGCUGCGAGUGGAAGACAGGUGACAUAUGUAUAAAGCCAGCCUGGGGCGCUCAUAAUUGCUUUUUCAUUCACAGUCAAUAUCAAACCUCAUCUACGACAUCUUCCAUCUCAGACGUAAACUCAACCAAUUUCGAACCCUCAACCAAACCUUCAACACUCUACAUCACCAAUAUCAAAAUGGCCUGCUGCGGACGCAACAACGGCGAGUGCGUGUGCGCCAAGGAGGCAACCUGCUCGUGCGGCAAGCAGCCUGCUCUCCAGUGCACCUGCGCGAAGUCUACUACCGAAAACAAGCUCUCCACCAGCACUUGUGCGUGCGGAAAGCGGGCUGAGGGUUCGUGCACCUGCAGCCGCAACGAGAACAGCGGUUCCUCCUCUCUCGAGACCGACUUCACGACCAAGAAGUAAGCGCGUGGACAGACUGUACAUACAGAAUGAGCAUUGGGG